AAAACUUUUAAAGCGAUUAAAUGAGCAUAAGAACUUUAAAGGCCGAGUGCUAUUAUAAAUAUCUAUAACGGUAUUAUCUAUGAUUAUAACCUAGAAAAGUACAAUUAAUGAGUUAAGUAAUUGUUUAUUUUAAAAUAUAUUAGGGAAUAAUGGUCCAGUUGGUAAAUAAGGUACUGAAAGUUUCAAAAAGUAAAUUUAUGAAGUAUGGAGUUCCUUUUUUAAUAGCCAUUAUUGGUGGUUCCUUUGGCCUGAAAGAAUUUACUCAAAUUAAGUACGAUUAUGCAAAAGUGAAACCUAUUGAUACAGGCGAGCUUAAAAAGUUAGGGGUAGACAUGAAGAAACCCGGAGAAGUAACUUUAGAGACAGAGUAUGAAAAAAUUAAAGAUAUGGAUAUCGAUAAUUGGGAGCAAGUGAGGGGACCGCGACCGUGGGAAGAGUCGGUUCAAAAUUGAUUUAAAAGUUAUAAUUGUAAAUAUUUAU